AUGUGGUGCGACCCCUUGGAUUUCCCCGUUGAGGUCCGGUUUGUAAUUUGUUGCCGUGUGAAACCCACCCCUGGAAAGCGGCAUAGUUCAAAACCGUGGCGCUUCAACGACACGCGGAAUGGAAGGAGACCCGAAGUCGUCGCUGCUCUGCCGCCCCGCAAGCUCCUCUUGGCGCGCCGCGGCUCGGCGCUGGCUGAGGCAGCCCGCGAGCAGGAUGGGGCCGCAGGCUGCGAGCAGCUGAUGCAGCUGUACAGCGCCCGGCAGCGCCGGCGUCUCAACCGGGGGCUGCGCCGCAAGCAGCACUCCCUGCUGAAGCGCCUGCGUAAGGCCAAGAAGGAGGCGCCGCCCAUGGAGAAGCCGGAGGUGGUGAAGACCCACCUGCGGGACAUGAUCAUCCUCCCCGAGAUGGUGGGCAGCAUGGUCGGCGUGUACAACGGCAAGACCUUCAACCAGGUGGAGAUCAAG